AUGCCACCAAUCAGCCUGGAUGACUUUGCUGCAGAAUACACAACAGUUUCCGAGACUCCAUGUGGCCUCCGAAGGCUGGACUCGCCCAAACUUCGCUUCCGGGUAUCGACCACAGAACCAGCCGCGGUAGCAUUCAGUUGUUGGAAAUCGGCUCAAACAGCCAAGGUGUACCUAAGUGCUCGCCUUUCACGACCAGCUUCAUACAUGGAUGAACGCCGAUUUCGUAGACUCCUUGCCAAAAUCAAGAUCCAGGUGCAAGCAAGUCUACGAGGGAAGACAUUCUACAGUCCAGUCACCUUCGAGAAAAUCCCAGGCCAGACGAUGUUGACUCCAAUGAGCAGUUGCCGGAUGAACGAUGAGGAGGUUUUGCUUGAUGCUGUUAUGGGUCUUCCUGUGAAACCGGCAGCGGCCCGGGAGAAAGACGAAACAGAUCAAGACUAUCAGAACAAGGAAUCGAAUGCCGAUCCACGCGCUCCGAAGCUCGAUGCAUUCUGGCAUGGCCACUUCUGUUGCUCUCUAACCAUCCCACACGGUCUAGUACCAACAUUCUGGAGCACCACGGCAAGUCAACAGUACAGUUUGCUGUUAGACGUGAGGGUUGCUGGCAUCAAAUUACACGGAAAACUCAGGCUUGAAGUGCCUCUGCAGAUAUUUUAUGAUUUGGGACCUAUGGCCACGCCUUGUGGGCCACUGUGUCGACGUCUGAGGAACGAACAGACGGAACGACUGCUCAGGGAUUGGGAGGAGAGAGAGGUUUACACAAAGAUUGUCAUGCGCGAUGUAGACGAGAGAAAUCCGCCUAUGUAUGUUUGA